UCUCUCUCUCUCUACAGACACACAUAGGGACAGACAGACACGCCCUUCCUUCCUCCCCUUCUCUCUCUAGGGAGAUGGCUCACACUUGCAGCAGACCCAGCAGCUCUGUCAAAGAACCUUCACUCCAAAGAUUCCAUUUUUACUUCCAUUGAUCUCAUCAGCCCCGCCCCAGCUCUGCCCUGCUCUUCCUUUCAGCUUAAGCAGACCCCCCGCCAGAUCCAGUCUCCCGCCCACCUACUCCACCUCACCACUGUUUCCCAUUCCUCUCUUCCAUUCCUCAAUCUGACCGAGCAAGAAAUCCCAGCAAGCGACCCCAUUCUCCGGCACUGCGGAGCUCCACAUUGCUCUGUCUGGGCGGCUGAAUCCUCCUCCUCCACCCAUAUGCUGGUUUCCGCGUACAGUGAGUUCAAUUAUUCGACUCGAGGGCUUAGAUCUGGUAAUAUUUUUCUUCUUCUUCCUCCUUCUCCUCCUCAUCGGAGCAUUUCGGCUCUGGCAUUUACGAGUGCGGCAUUUCGGGUGGUGAAGAUUGUGUCUCCACUUUCAAGGUAUCAAAGUGGGCCUUGAAAUGUCCGUUCCGAUGAUCAAGUGACUAUCCAAUAAUGUCAAGAAUAACGAGGUGGAAGCCUGAGAAGACGAAAACCAAAGUUGUCUUCCGUCUGCAGUUCCAUGCUACACAUAUUCCUCAAAGUGGAUGGGACAAACUUUUCAUAACAUUCAUUCCGGCUGAUUCUGGGAAGGCAACAGCCAAGACAACAAAAGCUAAUGUGAGAAAUGGGAUUUGCAAGUGGGCUGAUCCUAUCUAUGAAACCACGAGGCUCUUUCAGGACCUCCGAACCAAACAUUUUGAUGAGAAGCUCUAUAAGUUUGUGGUCUCAAUGGGCUCUUCGAGGUCUAGCCUCCUUGGUGAGGCAACUAUCAACCUCGCCGAUUAUGCUGAUGCAUUGAAACCCUCUUCGGUUGCUCUCCCUCUUCAGGGAUGUGAUUCUGGAUCUAUUCUACAUGUUACUGUGCAGCUGCUGACUUCUAAAACGGGCUUUAGGGAGUUCGAGCAGCAAAGGGAGCUCAGAGAGAGAGGCUUGCUGACCACUUCUGACCAUAAUAGUCGUAAUGAAUCGGCCACUGGAAGACUGUUAUCGUCUGGAGUCACUAUCAGUGAUCAUGCGGAAAACUCGAGGGUUAACUUAAAUCCCCAGCUGAGAGACCAUUCUUUGCAUGAAGAUGACGCCGCCCAGAAUGAAGACCAUGUGGGAUCCCCCAUUGCAUUUGAUGGUUCUUCAAACACAUCUGGAUCUCUAUAUGCUGAUAAACAGGAUGCACCAAGCCCUCACGAGAUUGACUCUCAAAAUUCUGAUCAGAAGUAUCCCCCCACGCAUGGGACACGCGAUUGGAUUAAUAGCUGGGGCUCAGAAUUUUCUGGGGACAAUGAUUUAGCAAUUGCGUAUGAAGAGAGUCGGCUGAGAGGAAGUUUAGAUUCAGCAGAAACCUCUCUUCACGAGCUGAAACUAGAACUGAGUUCUUUACAGAGUCAUGCUGAUGAGUUGGGAAUGGAAGCACAGAAGUUCGCCCAGCAGCUUGCUGCUGAGAUGGCAUCAGGGGAAAACCUUGCUCGAGAGGUGGCCAUUCUAAAGACAGAGUGCUCCAAGUUCAAACGUGAGAUUGAAGUCCUGAAAGAUAACAACAAUAAGCUUAGGUCUCAGAAUAAUGGCAGGAAAUCAGCAGCAAAUGUUGAGGAACCUAUAUAUCAAGACCUACAACUCAGAUGGCUAAAGGGACUUUUACUCGUGGAAGAUAAGCUAAGAGAGCUUCAGAACAAAGCUUGCUUCGGGUUUGAUGAUACCGACUUGAGGGUGUUGGGCUCGGACCUGGAGUCAAUGCUGAUGAUGUUGAAGGAUCUCAAGCAAGGGACUGGACAGGUGAUAUCAAGUCUAAACUUUGUGGCACUAGAAGGUGGGCCUGCUCUAAAAGAGCUUGUUGUGGACUCUAAUUCACACGAUAGUGAAGAACUUAAAUCAAGGUUUGGGCUCGGGACUGAUUUAUAUCAACCUGAAAGCAUGCUUCAUCAUUCAGUUGAUAUAACUAACUCAAUGAAGAAUAGGAUAGACGAACUUGUGAGGGAGUUGGAGGAGUCAAAGGCUGAGAAGGAGAGUCUCGUGCAGAAAAUGGGCCAGAUGGAAUGUUAUUAUGAGGCUUUCAUUCAGGAGCUUGAGGGGAAUCAAAGGCAUAUGCUGGGAGAGCUGCAGAAUCUGAGGAGUGAGCACUCUGCGUGUUUAUAUGCUGUUUCUUCAACGAAUGCUGAGAUGGAAAGAAUGAGGCAAGAUAUGAACGAUAAGCUAAUAUUACGUACAGAAGAAAAACAUGAGUUAAAUGUGCUCAACAAAGAGCUUGAGAGAAGGGCUGUCACUGCAGAGGCUGCCCUCAAAAGGGCCCGCCUGAACUACUCCAUUGCUGUCAGGCAAUUGCAGAAGGAUCUCGAACUUCUGUCUUCCCAGGUCUCCGCCAUGUACGAGGCUAACCAGAAUCUCAUCAAAGAGGCUAUUCAAGAUCCUGAAGAAGUUAAUCCUGCUGGGACUUAUAAGAGUCGAGCUUUGCUGCAGAAGAAACAAAACUUGGGUGGAGAAGCCCUUUUAGAUGACUUGAGAAGAUCAUUGAGCUUACAGGAGGAACUUUACAGGAAGGUCGAGGAGGAAGUUCGAGACAUGCACUAUGAGAACAUGUGCUUAGAUAUCUUCUCUAAGAUUUUGCGGGAGACCCUGCUUGAAGCAGUUUCAGAUAUGGGUGUGAAGAUGAAUGAAAAAGAUGAAAUGACGAAGCAGCUAGGAUUUUAUAAGAAAUCGAACGAUGUGUUGAUGCUGAAGUUGCAAAAUACCCUGGAUGAGGUUGAAUCACUUAAAAAGGAGCAAAUUGCUUUGUCUGCGAAGUUCUAUGAUAUGACUCAAUGGAAUGAAAACUUAGAAGCAAGUUUACGGAGUGUUACUGAUGAAAAUGGAUGUCUCAUGCAGAAAAUUACUGAGUUGGACAAUUUACUGAGAAAGGAGACUGGAGAAUCCAGUGAUCUCAGGAAUGGGAACAUUGCCUUGCAGGAAAAGUUGGUGAACCUUACACAUGAACUUCACGAGGUGGAGUGUGUGAAGAAAAAUCUGGAGAUGCGUGUUGGCAAUUUGCAGGAAGAAAUGCAGGGUUUACUAAAAGCUUAUGAUGAGAAGGUUUCGAGACUAACAGAAGAGAAGGAAGUGUUAGCCAAGGAAAGAGAGAUGACUCAUGCUUCCUUUAGCACAUCAGAGUCUGCUAAGGAAAAUCUUGAGAAAGUUGUCAGUGAUUUGCAGGAAAAAAUGCAAGCUCUCUUGGUGUGUCAUGAUGAAAGGCUCUCCCAACUAAUGAAAGAAGUUGAAGGUGUGACCAAGGAAAGAGAUACUGCUCAUGCUUUGUUGAGUGCAUUGGAACCUGCUAAGGAAAAUCUCGAGAAAAUUGUUGGUGAUUUGCUGCAAAAAUUGCAUAUUUUGUUGAUCAAUCACGACAAGAAUUUUGAUGUGGCAUCCCUCGAUUUAUUUGCCCUUGUAUCGCAGUUGGGAGAAUUUCAGGAGACUGCACAGCAGAAGAUCUCCAGACUAAUGGGAGAGAUUGAAGCUUUAGCAACCGAGAGAGAUGAAGCCCGAGCUUCCUUGGGUUUGUCAGAAUCUGCAAAGGAAAAUCUGCAGAAACUUGUCGACAAUUUGGAGGAGAAAUUGCGAGAUUUGUUAGUGGUUCAUCACAAGAAUUGUGGUGGAACAUCACGAGACUUAUUUGAUGUUGUAUCUCAAAUAGGGGAAGCUCAGCGUGGGGUGUAUCAGAGAAUCUCCGACCUAAUCGGAGAAGCCGAAGUUCUAGCAAGGGAAAGAGAUGUUGCUCAAGCUUCAUUAAGUUCAUCAGAAUCUGAGAGGGACAAUCUGAAGAAUGUUGUCUCUGUGUUGCAGGAGAAAUUGCGCAGUUUGAUCAUCAGUUACGAUGAGAAUGUCAAUGGAUCUUCCCUGGACUUGAUUAAUGCCCUGUCGCAACUAGAAGAGUUCCAGAAUACUGCACGUCGAAGGAUCUCCGAACUAAUGGAAGAGAAUAAAGUUUUAACAAGGGAUAGAGAUUCUGCCAAUGCCUCUUUGAGUCAAUCGGAGUCUGAUAUUUGUGCUGUGAAAGAGAGAUUUGAAUGUGACUUACGUGAUAUGCUAUCAAAGAUAAACACCUCCGAUACCUUGGUGCGGAAGCUUCAAUCGGAACUUGAGAUUAUUGCAGGUAGGCUGAAUUCAUGCUUGAAAGAUGAAGAAAUCUAUGAAGAGCAGCAAAAGGUGCUAAUUGCUGAUCUUGAUAGGUUCAAAGCUGAGCUAGAACAGUUGAUUUUAAAGAAUGCGGAUCUUGCCGAAAAUACCUUGUCAUUACAAAAUCUCGGUGAAGAACUUGAGAAGAGCAAGUUGGCUGUAGAAGAAUAUGCAGAGGACAAUCGUUCUCUGAUGGAAUCAUUACGGGAAGAAACCGAGGAAUCUGCUCGUCUUGUGUCAGAGCUUACUAAGCUGAGAGAGAGUUUGCUAUGUUUGAAUGAAGAACUGCAAAGAGAGAGAGGCUGCAGAGAAGAAAUGGAGAACACAAUAACUAAUCUCGCUGCACAAUUGAAUGAGACACGCUCUCGGUUGCCAGACUUUGACCAGCAGCACUCCGAGCUGGUUCAGUUGAGGCAAUUAGUAUCAAAUCUAGAGUCAGAAAAAUUGAGAUUGUGCAACCUUCUGUUACAGAAAGAAGAAAGCAUUAAAGUGGCUUCUCAAGAAUCAUUCUCGAUCAAACAUCUGGAAGACCAGUUGUUUGAAAUGCAAGGCCAUUUGAUAGCUUCAGACGCUCAAUUAGUUUACACUGGAGCUCAGUAUUGGACGUUGAUUGAGGAUGUUGUCCAGCAGCUUAAGCUCUCAGAGAGGAAUCUCGCGGAUCUCAAUGAUAAGCAUCUCAAUAUGGAAAGCAGACUGAAUCAUUCUCUUGCCAAUGAAGUGCAUCUUAUUGAAGAAAAUGCAGAAUUGUCGAGAAACCUUGAGUCCCUGAGAACUGAGCUAGAAGCCGCCGCUGCGCAAAACAGAGUUCUAAUUGGGAACAAUGAUGCUCUGGCACUAGAGCUCGAGGAACACAGGAGGAGAAAUGAAGUUUUGGAUGGCAUAAUUUUGGAAGGAAAUAGAAAGCAUGAAUUCCAGAUCGAAAGGCUGAUGCAAAGGCUAGCAAGCUCCGAAGAGGAGAUUGAUAGUUUGAUAGUUUCCAACGAGGAACUUCAAGUUGAACUUUUGGUACUCAAAGAUAAGCUCUGUGAGCACUGCAGGGAAUUGACUUUGAUGGAGAAGGAGUAUAAAGAGCUAAGUGAGAGGCUAUCUGCUCAGGUUUUGAAAACCGUAGAGUUCAAAAAUUUGUCCAUCCAUUUGAGGGAGCUCAAAGAGACGGCCGAGUCUGAAUGGGCCAAAGCCCGCCAGAAGAAAGAAGCUGAGAGCCCUCCUUUUGCUGUUCAAGAAUCAUUAAGAAUCGCGUUCAUUAAGGAGCAGUAUGAAUCGAAGGUUCAGGAACUGAAGCAGCAGCUCUCUAUCUCCAAAAAGCACAGUGAGGAGAUGCUCUUGAAGCUACAGGAUGCUGUUGAUGAGAGCGAGAACAGGAAGAGAAUCGAGGCUUCUAAUUUGAGGAGGAACGAGGAACUGAGCAUGAAGAUCUUGGACUUGGAGUCAGAGUUGCAGGAGAUUGUUACUGAUAAGCGGGAGAAGGCCAAGGUGUACGACUGUAUGAAGGCUGAGAUGGAGUGCUCUUUGAUAAGCCUCGAGUGCUGCAAGGAAGAGAAGCAGAAGCUUGAAGCUUCCCUGCAAGAGUGCUGUGAGGAGAAGUCUAAGAUUGAAGCAGAACUUGCGCAAGUUAAGGAGCUACUUGAGAGUUCCAAGACACAAUCGGGCAUUUCGGAAAUUUCACUUGCUGAGACAGCGAAUAGUGAGAGAAGAAGUGUGGACCGGGCCUUUUCACUAUAUGGUGACGAAGCUGAUUCCUGCUCAAGUCCAAUUGCUGAAAUGCAUACGAAACAGGAUUCUGUAUCUAGAGGUGAAAAUGGAGUCCAGAGUCUUGCACUUGUAAACGGAGAGAAUUUUCUGGACAGCGAUGCGAAGGAUCUUGCUCUCGUUAAUGACCACUUCAAAGUUCAAGGUUUAAGGUCAAGCAUGGAGAACUUAAAUAAAGAGUUGGAAAAGAUGAAAAAUGAGAACUGGCUCCUCCCUUACGAGGAUCAUCAAUUUGACCCAAAAUUUCCAGAUUUAGAGAGGGAACUCAUGCAAUUGGAUAAGGCAAACCAGGAACUGGGCAGCAUUUAUCCAUCAUUCAACGAUUUGGGAGGCGGCGGCAAUGCACUAGAAAGAGUGCUUGCUUUAGAGAUCGAAUUAGCCGGUGCUUUGCAGGCGAAGAAGAGUUUCCAAAGCUCUUUCCUAAGACAACACAGCGAUGAGGCUGCCAUAUAUAAGAGCUUCAGGGACAUCAACGAACUGAUCAGAGACAUGCUUGAGCUGAAGGGGAGGUACUCAGCUGUAGAGUCUGAGCUAAAAGAGAUGCAUGGCCGGUAUUCACAGUUAAGCCUUCAAUUCGCGGAGGUUGAAGGCGAGAGGCAGAAACUUGUGAUGACUCUCAAAUGUGUUCGGCCUUCUAAGAAGGCCCUUAGUCUGAACCGGUCACCAUCAGCUUCUCUGGGAGAGAAUCCAUCGUAGUGACAGUAUAUACAUAGAUUGCGGCAAGGAAUUAUCGUUACUUAGAUGAAGUCUCUGCAAAGUUGGCAUGGGAUCGGGAAAGGUUAGAUGCAGCGAUACUUACUGGUGUAAAUAAGUGCCAUACUGGUGGUGGAUUUGAUUCACCAUUGCUGCAGUUAUAAAAAAAUCAAAUCUCUGUAACAUUAUUACCCGUUUACUUAUACGGUUGUAAACUUGUAAUUUGUCAUCGAUGUACAGUGACUUGAAAUUUUUUAUAUGGCCAAGCCAUUGCUUUGAAGUU